AUGGACAUCAAACCCUCUUUUAAAACGUUUUACGACCCCAACGAAGAAUCCGACGACGACGAGGUCAGAAGAAGCUAUAAUCCAUUAUCGUUCUUCAUGAGAUCCACCGCCUACCGCCCUUUUACGAUCACCGUAAACAACUCCUUCCGAUCAAAGAUGCUCCGCAAAAACUACAUCCCACUAUCCAGGGGUUCCACCAUCAAGAUCAGCAAAAACAAUAUUAUGAGUUCCUCAGCCAAGGUAAACAAGUCGUCUUCUGAAUCAAAGUUCAGCAGAAACUUUAUUCAUGAUGAUCUUCUUGUCUCGUCUAUUCUUUCAAAACUUCCUGUAAAAUCAUUGAAGCUCUUUGGAUGCGUACGCAAAUCAUGGUCCACUUUAUUUGAAAACUCGGAUUUCAUGACCAUAUACAGCAACCAUUUCAUAUCUCGUCACGGUUCCGAUGAUCAUUAUCAUACAUUUCUUCUCGCACGCCAUAAUGAACUGCCUCUCACACCUGGUUGUUGUUUAUUCAACUCUGAAUUCCAUUUGCUCGGCAACACACUCAAAUUCAAUCUGCCAUCUCCAUUUCAACACUCCUGCACCAGUUUUUGUAUUCUCGGCUCCACAAGUGUUAACGGCAUUUUUUGUUUUGGGCAAGAAGAUUCACCUCAGAAUAAGGUCCAAUAUGUAUUGUGGAAUCCUGCUACUGACGAAUCCCGCGUCAUUCCUCCUAGCAUCAAUGAACGUAAACCACACUUCCCUCAAAACAAGUUGUGUCUGAACUAUGCUUUUCAUGGUUUUGGUUAUGACCAAGUUAGAGAUGACUUUAAGGUCAUUCAGUUUGUAUCAUUGGAUAAGGAUGGGCCAUCUCCGUAUUCAAAAGGUUAUUUUGAGAUAUAUAGUUUAAAAACUAAUUCUUGGAGAAUGAUCAGCAUGAAGAUUGAUCUUUCUAGUUGCCAUUUUUUUCCGUCAUUUUAUGGUUGCGAAGCUUAUGUGGAUGGAGUGUGUCAUUGGUUGGUUACGCAACCUAACAGCGACGAUCGUUAUGGUGUUGAAUUAACUCUCUUGUCAUUUGACCUGAGUGAUGAGGCAUUCAUUACAACAUCCAUCGGGGAAGAAUCUUUUUCACCAUACACUUAUAAUAGACUCUUGACGGUGUUAAAUGGAUCAAUUGCUUUAGUCUCAAAUUAUGACGAUGAUAUUGUUUUUCACAUAGCUAUUCUGGGUGAACUUGGUGUGACUGAAGCAUGGAUCAAACUAUAUAUUUGUGGCCCCUUACCUUCCAUCAAAUGGCUCCCAUCUGGAUUUGGGAAGACAGGAUAUAUGUUUUUUACAAAAACAACCGAUGGUGAACUAGCCUAUAUUGAUUUGAGCACCAAACAAAUUGAGGAGGUUGGCAUUACUGGUGGAGAUUCAAGUCAUUUUACGGUCGGUCUUUACAAGAAAAGCUUGUUUCGAUCGGAGGAUCUCCGAUCAAGUGUGGUUAUGUUUCUUUGUGGUACUAAAGACAAAACUAAAACGACAAAUGGAUGGUGGCGUCAACACAAGAUGGAUACUGCGAACAACAUAUUGGCUGAUAUGAGACAUAGAUGGCGAGUACAAUGGUAA